GAAAAUGGAAAUGUGGAAGGCCUGCAACUAUGGAGUCCCAUUUAGCCCUACAUUGCAAAGGCGAUAUUCCUGAUAAUUUAAGACAUCAUUAUUUAAUUAAAGUAGCAAAGCAAAAUAAUAAAAUAAAUGAUGAUAGUGAUAAUGAAAGUACAUUAUUAUUAUCAACAAAGCCACGUUCAUAUUGUAAACCUAUAUCAAGUAAAAAAGUUAAUGAAAUUAAUAAAGCUUUAUUUAAAGCUUUUGUUUGCACGAGAAUUGCAUUCUCUGUAAUUGAUAAUCCAUUUGUUCAUGAUCUUUUUCAUCUACUUGAGCCGGGUUGGGUUCCUCCUGGAAGGGUUAUAUUAUCAGAACGAAUACUUAAUGAGGAGGCAGCUCGCAUAACAAUACAAAUGGAUAGUUUACUUGACAAAGCAGAAAACUUAACUUUAG